UCCCCGCCGCCGCCCCGCGCGGCCCCGCCGCCGGCCAGGAUGCUGGAAGAAGCGGGCGAGGUGCUGGAGAACAUGCUGAAGGCGUCGUGCCUGCCGCUCGGCUUCAUCGUCUUCCUGCCCGCCGUGCUGCUGCUCGUGGCGCCGCCGCUGCCGGCCGCCGACGCGGCGCACGAGUUCACCGUGUACCGCAUGCAGCAGUACGACCUGCAGGGGCAGCCCUACGGCACUCGGAACGCAGUGCUCAACACAGAGGCCCGCACCAUCGACGCGGACGUGCUGAGUCGCCGCUGCGUGCUCAUGCGGCUGCUGGACUUCUCCUACGAGCAGUACCAGAAGGCCCUGAGGCAGUCGGCCGGCGCCGUGGUCAUCAUCCUGCCGCGAGCCAUGGCCGCCGUGCCCCAGGACGUCAUCCGGCAAUUCAUGGAGACCGAGCCUGAGAUGCUGGCCAUGGAGACCGUGGUCCCUGUGUACUUUGCCGUGGAGGACGAGGCCCUGCUGUCUAUCUACGAGCAGACGCAGGCCGCGUCCGCCGCCCAGGGCUCCGCCUCCGCUGCCGAAGUGCUGCUCCACACCGCCACUGCCAACGGCUUCCAGAUGGUCACCAGCGGGGUCCAGAGCAAGGCCGUGAGCGACUGGCUCAUCACCAGUGUGGAGGGGCGGCUGACCGGGCUGGGUGGAGAAGACCUGCCCACCAUCGUCAUCGUGGCCCAUUAUGAUGCCUUCGGAGUGGCCCCCUGGCUGUCCCACGGUGCGGACUCGAACGGGAGCGGCAUCUCUGUGCUGCUGGAGCUCGCCCGCCUCUUCUCCAGGCUCUACACCUACAAGCGCACCCACGCCGCGUACGUGACAGCGGGGCGGGAGGGGCCGCGCACGCCCCCAGGAGUAACCGCGCCGAGGUCCCCCCGGGCGCCAGGCCUGGAGCUGAGCCCCACCCAGGUCCUGCACCCCAGGGACACCGGGUCCCGUCUGGGGCCGUCUGGCACUGAGUGGGUGGGUCCGGGGAUGCCGCUCGCCCCCCACGGAGCCCGGGUCGCCCCACAGAGCGUCCACGGUGCUGGGACAGGGACACCCUGCUCUGAGGGGUCAGGACUCAGUGCCUGUGGGAGACCAGCUCCUCCUCGGGGGCCCGGUCUCCCCUCCACAGCCGACACCCGCUCUCCCCAUGCUGCCAGGUACAAUCUCCUGUUCUUUGCUUCUGGCGGGGGCAAGUUCAACUACCAGGGAACCAAGCGCUGGCUGGAAGAUAACCUGGACCACACGGACUCCAGCCUGCUCCAGGACAACGUGGCCUUCGUUCUGUGCCUGGACACCGUGGGCCGCGGGGACAGCCUGCACCUGCACGUGUCCAAGCCGCCCAGGGAGGGGACGCUGCAGCACGCCUUCCUGCGGGAGCUGGAGACGGUGGCCGCCCACCAGUUCCCGGAGGUGCGGUUCUCAAUGGUGCACAAGAAAAUCAACCUGGCGGAGGACAUCCUGGCCUGGGAGCACGAGCGCUUUGCCAUCCGCCGGCUGCCUGCCUUCACCCUGUCCCAUCUGGAGAGCCACCGCGACGGCCAGCGCAGCAGCAUCAUGGAUGUGAGGUCCCGGGUCGACUCUAAAACCCUGACCCGCAACACCAGGCUGGUCGCGGAGGCCCUGACCCGAGUCAUCUACAACCUGACCGACAAGGGCACCCCCCCAGACAUGCCGGUCUUCACGGAGCAGAUGCAGAUCCAGCAGGAGCAGCUGGACUCGGUGAUGGACUGGCUCACCAACCAGCCCCGCGCGGCCCAGCUGGUGGACAAGGACGGCACGUUCCUCAGCACCUUGGAGCACUACCUGAGCCGCUACCUGAAGGAGGUGAAGCAGCACCACAUCAAGGCGGACAAACGGGACCCCGAGUUUGUCUUCUAUGACCAGCUGAAGCAGGUGAUGAAUGCCUACAGGGUCAAGCCAGCCAUCUUCGACCUGCUGUUGGCCGUCUGCAUCGGCGCCUACCUCGGGAUGGCCUACACGGCGGUCCAGCACUUCGACCUCCUGUACAGAACCGUUCAGAGACUGCUCGUGAAGGCCAAGGCGCAGUGACGCCCCCGCCUGCCACCCCUCCCCACGCCACAGCCGGCCGGCACCCCGAAUUACAGAGCUUUUCCGUGUU